AUGCAGUCGUCUCUGUUCACUCUCUUUGCCGCGCAGGCCUUCAUUGGCACGGCGAUUUCGGCUGUCCUGCCGGUACGGGAUGUAGUACCCCCUAGCUCGGCCCUGCUUCGUCCCGUUAGGCGGCAGGCUUCAAUCCCGGCAACUCCUCUCGGCCCUGCCAAGUUCACGCCCAAGAUCAAUGUCACUCUAGAUUAUGAGGGUCUCAACGCAACCAACGCAUUGGUUCACGCUGAGAUGAAGCAGCCCUCAGUGCUCCUAGAGCACAUUGAUACCAUCACCGACAUCACCUGCUCCGACACUGAUGUCGUUCUCAAGUUCAGUGCUACCGAGGACUACAACUCGUGCUUGAGCUCUUGGCCGGCAAAGAACUUUACCAUGAUUACCAACCACAACGGCACCUGCGACAGCGAGCACGAGCGCGGAAUCUAUGUCAUCUCAGGAUACACAUUCGAUAACACCACACUCACUUUGACCGCAUCAUCCUCCAGAGUCCAAAUCCGUGACCAACUGAACGAUGCCGUUAUCGAUUUCACCCACACUGGCACUGCCACCGCCAAACGCGAUCUCUCUGGCACAAUCUCUGCCGACCUCUCUGGCACCACACUCGUUGCAUCCGACCCCUUGACUAUCGUUGCCAACGAAGCCAAGCUCGACACCACCGUUACCCUCAGCGGCCACGUCCACUACAACUUCUGGAAGUUCAAGGUGGAUGAGUUUUACAUCGAACUUGACUACUCCUCCGAUCUAAACCUCGCUAUUACCGCCGCGGUCAAUGCCCAAUACUCCACCAACCUCUACAACUAUGACCCUCUUUCCGUUACUGUUUCCGCUUUCUCUAUCCCGGGCAUCAUUGACGUUGGCCCCAUGGUCGACUUUGGUCUUGGCAUCGAGUUCGCCGCCUCAGGUUCCGUCAACGCCACUGUUGGUGUGGUCAGCUCUAUCCCUGAGGCUACCGUCCACCUGGACUUCCUCAACCAAGCCAACACCGUUGCCACUGGCUGGAAGCCCCAAACCAAUGUCACCACGGACAUCAGCGCCCAGGUUGAGCUUCAGCUGAACCCUUACGCCGACUUGACAGUGGCUCUCGGCGUCAAGCUCUUCAACGGCCUGCUCGACAUGUCCGCUGGUAUUGAAGCAAAGCCUGAGAUUGUUAACGCUUUCGCCGUCGAUCUCGACUUCACCUACACAAGUGCCAGUGGAGUCACCUUCACGAAACCCACCGGAGACCAGUGCAUCAACGGCGCAUGGUUUGCCAGCACCUUCCACUUCAACGUUGAUGCCUUUGUCACUCAGUUUUAUACUAAGUCUUUGUACGAGGUCGAGAUCCCAAUCUACGAGUCUCAAUGCUGGAACUUUGUCAACUAG